GGUUUAACUUUCUUCUCAUUCUCUGAUCUUUUCUGAGUAAAGCGGUUCUCCUGCAGCAGGUGAGCUCCUCUCCUCUAAAUACUCUGUGGCUUUAGAGAAGGAAACACCUGCAGCCUGAGCACUCAGGUGGCUCGCUCCUCACGUCCUAAAGGAAACAAUAGAACUACGAAGGAGCUCAGGACUCAGACGGAAACUAAUCCACCAUGAAAGUUGCAUCGUUCAACAUCCAGAAGUUUGGGAAAAACAAAGUGUCCGACCCAGAUGUCCUCAAUAUCCUGGUUCAAAUUGUGUCUCGCUAUGACAUCAUCGUGAUCCUGGAGGUGGUGGACAUCACGGGAGAGUCGGUACGAACAUUCCUGCAUGCUCUCAACAGAGCUAACGGGAAGCAUCACUACACCCUGAAGAUCAGCAGCCGUCUCGGCCGCACGCGCUACAAGGAGCAGUUCAUGUUCCUGUACAGGGACAACAUGGUGGACCUGGUGGGCUCCUACCAGUUCGAUGAUGAGGAGGAGGAGGGAGGCGAUGUCUUCGCCAGAGAGCCGUACAUCCUGAGGUUCAGGUGCCUGAACACAGUGCUGAAGGACCUGGUGCUGAUCCCGGUCCACACCAAGCCGCAGGACUCUGAGCGCGAGCUGGACGAGCUGUACGACGUGUUCCUGGCCGUGAAGCGCAGGUGGAGGACGGACGUACACACACACAACAGGAUCGUGGUCUACGGAGACGACAUGCUUCAGGCCGUCGUACCGAACUCGGCCAAAUCCUUCAACUUCCAGGUGGCGUACGGCCUCAGCGACGAGCAGACGCUGAAGGUGAGCGACCACUACCCCGUGGAGCUGCAGCUCAAGUCCUCCGGCAGCAACGCGCCGCCAGCCGACGGUCUGAAGCCGCCGCUCGUAGACGACGAUCUGCAGGACCUGAAGAGAGGAAACCUGCUGCUGGAGAGAGAGAAGCUGAGCCUGGAGAUCCAGAUUCUCCGGAUGAAGAUGGCCAGCAUGAGCCGCCAGGAGGAGCUCCUCCAACAAUAAGCUCCUCCCACAACAAUAAGCUCCUCCCCAAACUCAUUUUGACUGAAUCGAGCUCUCAGGUUGUAACGAGUUGUAACCGGCUGGCGUUCUUCGCCGGUUCUUCUUCGUGCAAACCGAGGUCACCGAGGUCACCAAGGUCACCUGACGGGGCGCAAAAGAAAGAUGGCACCCGGCCACCACGUGAGCCUCGAUGAGCGUCCUCCAUUAUUCACACGGGAAACGUUUGGUGGUCAUCCCGACGGCAACGUGCCCCGAGGCGUCCAUUACACCGUAAAUCCCCAAAGUAGUACCCUCCUCCUCCUCUUCGUCAUCCCCAAACCACGUUAACCCUCGGCCUGUCCUCCCGGUUGCAGUACACCUUUUGUCCUCUGGGGUAUCAAAUGAACCCCGCUGGGUCCGACUGUUUUUUAAAGCGUAUAUAAUGCAUUUUCAAUAAAUUGUGUUUCUUAC